ACGCAAGCGGUUGCUCUAAGAGAAUUCCUCAAAGGAAGAAUCGUUUGUAUAUAGUUGUCGAGUAGUUAUUGAGAGGUACAUAGUUAUAUGAAUUUAUAGAGGAAUGAGUUUCAUUCAAAAGAUUAUAUAAGUUCCAUAAUAACCUCAUUUGGCAGCACUUGCGGAGCUUCACUUUCUUGAAAACACCAUACUUCAUGUUAUAUUAACGAGUACGAAAACACGGCAUACUUUUUAAGGAAAGAUUAACAAUUUUGUUGAUGGCUGGAUUUCUAUUACAUCUCUCACCUUUUGUUGAGUACUUUGCGAGUACAGAUUUAAGGAUGAAGCAGGAGAAAAAGAUGCAUAUUUACACUAAAUGGAUCAACUCAAAGCUUGAAAAAACGCAUCCUCCUAUAAAGAAUUUAUAUGAAGACUUAAAAGAUGGUCGUGUUAUAUUUUCGCUACUCAACGUCUUGUUAAAUAAAAAAAAGAAUACAGAGAAACCAGAAAAAAAUUCUUCCAACUACGAAAAUGUUCAAGACGUCCUUACAGUUUUAAAGAAAAGAGGGUUAGAAAUUGACAUAAUAGAAAGUGGAGAAAAUGCCAAAUGGAAUGAAAGGGAAAUUCUUGCUCUGAUUUGGCAGAUAAUACUGCAUUUUCAGAUUGAAACAGUUUUACCAGAUGAGUUACUAACAACUUUGGAAGAUAAAGAUUCGUCAUUGCGGACGAAACAUCUUUUAGAUGAAGUUGAAGAGCGGUUGUUGAAAUGGAUACAGGAUGUUCUUCAAGGAAUGUUUGUGGUAAAUGAUCUUGAAAGCAGCUGGGAAGAUGGUUUUGCAUUUUUGUUUCUUCUAUCUGCUUUUCGUCCAUCUGCUGUUGAAAUGAGCAAAGCACUAAAAAUGUCUUCUCGUGAGAGGCUGAAGUACUCAUUUGAUGUUGCAGAGCAAGAAUUCGGUGUUCCUAGCUUGCUGGAUCCUUCGGACGUUGAAAAAGACGAAGUUGAUAAAGAACGAAUGUUGAUAUAUUUUUCUUCAUUAUAUGAAGUCCUGAAAAAUCAUGAAGUAAAAAAGCCUUUACUAAUGCCAGAGAUUUAUUACACCAUUGUGUAUUCAAUGAAAAGAGUACAAGAGAUGAUGGACAAGGUCACAAACAAAUCGACUGGCCAAGUGAGAACAAAAGAAUUGAGCGAAAUUCAAAUGGAAUUAUUGGAAUUACGGAAGAUGAUUCAUCAAUUCAAUAACAGAUAUAACGAUAUCUUUCGAUUCCAAAGUUUUGAUCACGAGGAAUUUUGUCAAGUCAUGAAGGAUUUUGGUGAACUUAGUAAACGUUGGUCAGCACUUAACAACAAAGAAAUCCCAGGCUCAAGAAGAAUCAUUAAUAGUGCUCAUUUAACAAUUGGAGACAAAGUUAUCGAGAUCGAAUCUGUUUCCUCCAAUGCAAUUGUCCUCAAGUACAAGAUUUUAUAUUAUGAAAUUAUCACUGUCAUCGAAAUGAUUGAAAGUAACAUUAGAGUUAUUAAGAAAGAUAAACAGAGCCAGCAGACGGCAGCAUUGAUUGGUGAGAUUAUUCAAAUGAUGGAUCAGGUACAAGAAAUCAAGAUUAAACAGUUAGAAGAUCUUAUAAGUGAAGUAAACAUGGCUGAGAAUGUUGACUCAAAAGAACUUGAUGAAUUGAAUAAAGAAUUUGAAGAUUUUGAAUCUCGUCUUACACAUAUUAAGGAUUUUCUUUCAAAUACGAAUAGUUCCAACAGCAGAGUUCCAACAUGGCAGACGAUAAGAAAAAGUAUAAUUAAGGUUGUAAUGAUGUAUAUAACUUCUUCUCGCAUUGCGCCCUUUUCUGGAACUUAUAAUUUAAGACAAUCUUAAGCAUGUUUUAUACAAUUUAUAUUGGUUUAUAACUUUCUAAUCAAACUUUCUUAUUUACUGUUUCUCAUGAAUCACGAGAAAACCAUCCAUAGGCUUCAUGGCAAACAAGGAUUAAGUGGCUCCCUUUAAGUAACAUGCAACGCUCUAGUACUCAAUUAUCUCAGGGUAUCAGGAGGCAUGGACCGAAAACGGGAUUUUUCUUUUUUAAAUUUGUCUUUUUUUUACAAGAAUUCCUCUCAUAAAAGACACUUGAACAUCCAAGGAAACUGAAAGGUUCAAACAUAUCCUGCCUUGACUUAUAAAUUAAACAAACUCUAAGCAUGUUUAUACUUUUUUUACAUGUUACCUUUUACAGUGUAGCAUUCUCAUAAAUCUCUCGUGAUGAACGAGAGCCUUCUUAUACAAUAUAAUAUUCUCAUCAUGAACGAAAGCAUCCACAGGCCUCGUGGAGAAAUGCGAUUAUCUACUUUUUUCUAAUGCAAUUUCUACAAAGAUAACAUUUAAUAAGCCAAGAAAUUUUAAUCAUCUAAAUGAAACCUCGCUUUCAAUCUUUAUGUUAUAAAAUUUUGAUUCAUUUUGGAUGAUAAAUUUCGUUUUACCUUAAAAUAUUUUCAUAAUUCAAUGUAGAAAGUAACUUCUCUUCUACAGUAAUUUACGGAUUAAACAGCAAAUUUUUCGGAUUCAAAGGAAUUCUUUUGAUUGCAUAGAGACAGCCGUCCAAUUUAUUACAUAUCUAAGCGUAUAUAACGCAUUUCCAAAUCACGUACAAAAUUUCCCUCACAUGACCAACUUACCGUCUAUUUAAAUGAUGUGUGUAAUAAAAAGAACUCUUUAAUCUUAAAAAAAAAGGUAAGUUAUUGCCUUUUUUGAAAUUGUAACGAUGUACUUCAAUUUUCUAAUGUAUUAAUUAGUUCGCAAAAUUUGAAACCUUUUUUUGUUUGUCAAGAAUGAGCCUUUUAUAUCUUUUAAAACACCAUCCAUGGAAAUUGAUGGCGAUGACACAAAGAGAGCCUCAACUCAUGACAUCGUGUUAAGUUAUAAAACUACUUACCCAACAUAUUGUCAGCGGUUGAGAGACUGGAAAAGAGGAUCAACAAGAUGCAAGCCGAGAAUCUAAGCCAGAAGAACGCAAAAGAAUUGAAAGUAAUCGACAUAGAAAUGCAAGAAUUACAUAAGGUUUUAUGUCAAAUGCACAAUGAAAUGUCUACAUCCUUAGAAGUUGAUCCAAAGGAAUUUUCAAAAAUCCAAAAUGAAUUGGAAAAACUGAUUGAGCGAUGGUUGAUACUUGUAAAAAACAAUAAUAAAAAAAUCAUGAGACAACCAGCCAUUGUUCGAGAAAUCAAAACGAGAAAAACUGCUCACAGUGCUCAGUUAACAAUUGGGGACAAAGUUAUUGAGAUCGAAUCUGCUUCCUCCAAUGGAAUUGUCAUCAAGCACAAGAUUUUAUAUCAAGAAAUUAUCACUAUCAUCGAAAUGAUUGAAAGUAACAUUAAAGUAAUUACAAAAGAAGAACCGAGUCAGAAAACGGCUGCAUUACUUGAUGAGAAUAUUCAAAGACUAAACCAGCUUCAGAAGAAUAUUUCAGAAUUACAUGAACUCAUUAGUGAGUUAGAAGUGGCUAAAAAUGUUGAUUCAAAAGAGCUGAAGGAAUUACUAAAUAAGCACAAAGAUUUCAUAGCUCGUCUUACUGAAGUUGAUGCUUUUAUCUCAAACGAGAAAGAAAGGCAACCAGUUCUGGUCACGAAGACUGUGUAUGAGACAAGUAGAGAGGAAGAAAUCGUACGAAGUUUACAUUCUCGAGUCAAAUUGAUUUUAACGUAAAAAUUGUUUUCUCAACAAACAUCAUAUCUUUCAUGAGAAAGCUUUACAGGUUUUUUUGAUGCAUUGUUCAACCAAACGAUUUGUUAUCACAUAAUCUUAAAAAAAUAAUUGUAUUUAUUCUAUAUAACCAUUAUGUAAAUAUUUGAAAAUCGUAGUUACAUAGACGCGAUUAUUAGCCUGGCUAACGGCAUUACAUUUUACAGGAUAUUGUACAUUUAAUAAAUAAAAGAUAUUUACUUCAAUGCUCAAAAAAA